GUUCACAGUUUCUCUAAGAUGAGCGGCGAGGCUCGCCCGGGCCUGGAAGGCAGGGUCCAGAGAACACUGCGAAAGGUCUUCGGGUUUGAGUCCUUCAGGACUUCCCUGCAAGAAAGCGCGACCAUGACUGUGGCAAGAGGCGAGAAGGAUGUCUUUGUAUGCAUGCCCACAGGGGCAGGGAAAUCCUUGUGCUACCAGCUUCCUGCAGUUCUGGCAGUGGGCAUCACCAUUGUCAUUUCACCUCUGAUUGCACUGAUUCAGGAUCAAGUGGAUCACUUGCUGGCUCUGAAGAUCAAAGCCUGCUCUCUGAACUCCAAGCUUUCUGCCCAGGAAAAGAAGACCAUCCUGGCUGACUUAGCAAGUGAGAAGCCCCAAGUAAAGCUCCUGUACAUCACCCCAGAGAUGGCAGCCGCCUCUUCUUUCCAACCUACACUGAAUUCUCUGGUGUCCCGAAACCUCUUGUCCUACCUGAUAAUCGAUGAAGCGCACUGUGUCUCCCAGUGGGGACACGACUUCCGACCUGACUACCUGCGGCUGGGCACCUUGCGCACCCGCAUACCCAAUACACCCUGUGUUGCCUUGACUGCCACUGCCACCCAGCAGGUCCAGGAGGACAUUGUGGCAGCACUUAAGCUAAAGCAGCCGCUUUCCACAUUUAAGACUCCUUGCUUCAGAUCUAACUUGUUCUAUGAUGUGCAGUUCAAAGAGCUCUUGACUGAUCCAUACACCAACCUGAAGGAUUUCUGCCUGAAGGCGCUUGAAGUGAAGAACGCUGCUGGGGUGUACUCCGGUUGCGGCAUUGUGUACUGCAGGAUGAGGGAUGUGUGUGACCAGCUGGCUAUUGAAUUGAGCUACCGAGGAGUGAAAGCCAAGGCGUAUCAUGCAGGACUCAAGGCAGCUGACAGGACUUCAAUCCAGAAUGAGUGGAUGGAGGAGAAGAUCCCUGUUAUUGUUGCAACCAUCAGUUUUGGAAUGGGAGUAGACAAAGCAAACGUUAGAUUUGUUGCCCAUUGGAAUAUUGCUAAGUCAAUGGCUGGAUAUUACCAAGAGUCUGGCAGAGCUGGGAGAGAUGGGAAGCCAUCCUGCUGCCGCCUCUAUUACUCAAGGAAUGACCGGGAUCAAGUCAGCUUCCUGAUUAAGAAGGAGCUCUCUAACAUCCAGGAAAAAAAAGGCACCUUAAAAGAAUCUGACAAAGCUGCGAUGACAGCUUUUGAUGCCAUUGUGAACUUCUGUGAGGAGCUGGGAUGUCGCCAUGCUGCCAUAGCAAAAUACUUUGGCGAUGUCACCCCACCUUGUAACAAGUGCUGUGAUUACUGCAAGAACCCAGCUGCGGUGAAAAGACAACUGGAGUCACUGGAGCUCUGCAGCAACAGCCGGAGCAAAACCUGCAUUGGGCCCACAGGUUCCUCCUGGGACAGCUAUGACCCAGAGCUGUAUGAAGGCGGGAGGAGAGGUUGCAGAGGUUUUAGCAGGUAUGAUGAAGAAAGCAGUGGGGAUUGGGAUGAAGCCAAUGAAGAGAAUCGGAAACGGGAGUGGAACAACUUCUACAAAAAGCAGAUGAGUCUGCGCAAAGGCAAAGAACCAGAAAAGGAAGAUUUUGUUCCUCCAAGAAGAAAGGGACGGGAACACUGCUUGAAGAUGCUGGAAGAAGCUUUGAGCACCAAUCAAAAGGUUCCAGCAGCAGGAGGAAAAGGGUCAGACCCUCAGGCCUGUGCUGUGGAGCUGGAGUAUGAAGCUUUCCGAACCAGUAAAAUGGCUAAUUCAUACAAGGCAACUGUGCUAAAGAAGGUAGCAGAAAUCAACAAAGCCUCAAAACAAGGAGAGCUGUUUUCAGUCUUUGGGUCUGGAACUGGUGGAAACAGCAGCUUAGAAACAAAAUCUGUGUCUCCAGCAGAAGAGGACUUCCUCCCUGCAUCCCAGGUUUACUCGUUCAAACCCAAGCGUGUGGGAGCAGGAUUUCCAAAGAAAUCCAGCUUGUUCCAGACAGCUUCAGAACUGCUGAAGGUCCAAGAGGAGGGCAAUGUAAAGCCUGUCAAAAAAGAAGUAGAUUGUCCAAAUGGGCAAGACAACAGCAACUGCAGUCUGGAACUGGACACCAGAAACCCUGUUCUCCAGAAGAAAGAAAUAGCAACCAAAGCAGUGUGUGAGAGGGCUGGGGUAGAAGUACUCCAUCCUGAAAAGAAGGGACAGCAACCCAGUCCAGACACAAAAGCUGCCCUUUGGGAUAGCCCUACUAAGAAGUCCAAACCUAGCAAGAAGCAGCAAAUGCUCGCAGAAGCGGCCAAAAAAGAAUCACAGGAUAUUUCCAAAUUCUUCUCCCUCCCCAAAGGUGGAUCUAAAGCCAAAAGUUGCAGCUCAGCAAAGGAAGAUGGCUGUUCUGCAAGCACACUACCUCAGGUUUCCCCUCAAAGCAUGUGUCAAGAGAAGUCAAUACCUCAGGAAAACAAAGAUGUCUGUGGAGAAGAUAUGACUGGACAGUCCCAGGCAGAGAAUGAAGAGCUUGGAGAGAGAGAAGUAAUGCUGACUGAGAGAGAGGAGGAUUUUAAGACUCAGCAGGCUGCUGAAUCUGAACUCCUUCAGGAAGAAAUUGAUGUAAAAUCCAGUGUUGCUGAAAAUGUCACAGAAACUGAGCUAAUUGCUGGGGAAGGUGAGUGUGGAAAGCGACCAGGAUCAGAUGAGGAUAUGGAAAGUCCUGCAACAAAGCGGAUACGGACAGUGGCAAAAUCUUCUAUUCUGUGCCAGCCAGAAAGCAAAAGUGUUGGUCCAACAAAGAAGAAGGUGACUUUUGAUCCAAACUUAUCACAGUGUGAUAAAGAAGGAACCAGCAAGACCGUACAGCCAGUGACCAAAGGCAUGUCCCUCAAAGAAACAGCAGACAUCGUUGUCAAAUGUUUGACCCCAUUCUACAAGGGUGGCAAAUUUGCUUCCAAGGAUCUGUUUAAGGGCUUUGCUCGGCACCUGUCUCACUUACUGACUGAAGAGGAGAACCCUGCCCGCAAGACCGUGAAGGAGGAAGCACAGAGACUCAUCAAGGAAUUUUUCAAAACAAGGGUCAGGUGUGAGAGUGAGUCAGACUGGCAGGAGCUGCAGAGCUCAGAGAGCUGAUCCUUGCAUCAUGUUGGCUGUCUUCCUUCCUCCAGCAGUGGGACCAGAGGUUUAUGAAGAACUCAGCCAUGGAGGGUUUCAUGAAACUGCAGAACUGAGCUUUCUUUUCCCACUGCAUUUUUUCUCACUUCUGUCCUUAGUGACAUGCAUUUCCAGGAAACCAGUUUCUGUGAACUUACGGAGAGUUUCUCCAAUACCUAGGGUGCUGAAGCCCUCUAGUACCUCUUGCCAAGAGGUGUGAAGUCUGCAUCUGCUGCGUAGGUUAGGGGCUGCUACCUCAAUGGUCUGCAGUGUCUCCAACCUCUACUCCCUGGUGCAGCCUGGGAAGGAUUCAGACUUUCCAGCUUGGACUCUGCUUUGGGAUGGUAUCUUGCUUCCUAGACAGCUCCUUCCCUUGCUCCCCCAUCUCCUAGUUCUUAUUUCAGUGUUACCAAUAGAAGCCUUAUGCUACAAGUUCACAUGCUUUGCUCAGGGCUGCCAAUGACAAACUGGAUGGUUGAGUUCCUGGAUGGAAUGUUUUCCCUUGAAGAGCAGGAGGGGAGUGUUUUGUUUUUACCAUGCAGGCAAUGCCUACUUUCUGAAGGUAGAGAAACUCGGAUUCUUUUUCUUUUAAUCUGAACUUUUUUUUUUAACUUUGUCUAGUUCUGCCUGCCCUUUAGCUUAAGCAGUGAUGCUCUUUCAGUAUUAACCUCUCCAGUAGUGGCACCAAGGCUGCCAACACUUUUCCAGCAUUUGCUUCUAACCCUUAAAGCCAUAUUUGUUCCCUGUGCCUCACCCACAGUCUGCAAUACAGAGGGCAAUGCUGCUGUUACAACUGGUUAAGGUACUGCUGUGGCCCUCAAAUUGACACUGUGGUGCCUGUGCUGCUAUAUUUAUGUAAGGGCCUGAACCUUAGGGUAUCAAUGGGCUUGAAAUAACCUGAUGCCCUGGCACAAGUCCUUUCUGUUGGGUUUUUGUUGGGUUCUGCCUUUGUUCCAUGCCUAUAGAGACUGGUGGCCUCAGGCACUAGUGCUGCUAGAGGAAUCUGCAGCCUGAGAGGCCAUCAAACAGGCUUUUGGAUCACUGUACUCAGCAGAUGUAUUUUUUUAAAAUGUACUGAAGGGUAUGUGCGGAACUGACAAUAAA